CCUCGAGCUCAAAACAGACGCAGCGCGCGCUCCGAGCUGCAGCACGCGGAACGGAGCUCCUCUCUCAGCUUCUUCAGACUGCAAAGAAGACAAAAGCCGUUCCGGAUAGCAUUAGGAGCAGAAAACAUCUGUGUGCAUCAUGAAGUUUGCGGCUUUGGUCUGCUUGGUUGUUUUUUUCGCUGCUGAUGGAGAGUCUAUACCAGUUGAGCAGGACAGCCGAAAAGAGGAUCUGCUUACCCAGUGUUUAGUUCACAUCCUUUCGAAGACGCUGUAUAAAAGUGAUGAUACUCCACUGCAUCCAGAAUGCAAAAACAUCCUUACACCAGGAUCAGGUCAUUCCUCGGUUAUGAAAAACGAGGAACAGGUGGAUCAAGAGGAGCUUAAAAAGCCAAGAGGAGAGCCUAAAGUCAAGGAGGAGGAACUCAUUGAAGAUCUUCUUAAAGCUAACAAACGAGAGGAGGUGGAUGAUGAACGUAGCCAGGAAGAGUUCCCAAGUUUUGUUAAAAGAAGAAUCAAAGACCGGCGUGAGGAAAUGGACGAUGAACGUAGCCAGGAAGAGUUCCCAAGUUUUAUGAAAAGAAGAAUUAAAGAAAAGCGGGAUGAAUUUGAUGACGAACGUAGCCAGGAGGAGUUCCCAAGUUUUAUGAAAAGAAGAAUUAAAGAAAAGCGGGAUGAAUUUGAUGACGAACGGAGCCAGGAAGAGUUUCCAAGUUUCAUGAAAAGAAGAAUCAAGGAAAAACGUGAUGAAGUGGAUGAUGAACGAAGUCAGGAGGAGUUCCCAAGCUUCUAUAAAAGAGGCAACAAGCAUAAACGAGAAGAUCCUGAUGAUGAGAGAAGCCAAGAGGAAUUUCCCCAGAAAAGACAUUUUUCCGUCCUUUACAAGCGUGAUAAUCCCGAUGAGGAGCGCAGCCAAGAGGAAUUCCCUUUAUAUGAAUACAAAAGGAGUCGUCUUCUGACCAGCAGAGAAAAACGUGAAGAACCGGACUUUGAUAGAAGCCAGGAAGAUUUUCCAAGUUACACCCACAAAAGAAACUAUGUCAAUGGAGAAGAAGAGAAUGAAGAGAGUGAGGAAAGGGAGAAGCGGAUCUGGAAGCCAUCACAUAGAUACCACCACAAGAAAAAGCACCACAAACGUAGUGAGAAUGAGGGUUUUGAAGAACCAGACUAUGACAGAAGUCAAGAAGACUUCCCAAGCUACAGCCACAAAAGGAGCUAUGGGGAUGUUGGGCACUACAAACCAAAUGAAGAGUUGCUGAAUGAGCAACUUAAUGAGGACUUAAAGAGGUCUGAAGAAUCAGAAGAGGUAGAUGAGGAUAUUGCAAAACGAUAUUGGAAGCCAACCCAUAGGUACCACCAUAAGAAGCACCACAAACGGGACUCAUCUGAUGAGGAUUACGAAGAAAGGCCACUGGAAAAAAGGUAUGAGGACUCCGAAGAAAGUGAUGAAAUGGAAAAAAGAAUCUGGAAGCCCACACACAGAUAUCACCACAAAAAGCAUCACCACAAGCGUGGUGACUCCAUAGAGCUUGAGGAUGAAGAUGAACCCAUCUCAGAGAAGACUCACAGUCUCAAUGCCCUCAAGCACCAUUCACCUGAAGAGGAAGAAGAAGAGGAAAUUGUCCAUGAGAUUAAUGAAAAGAGGCAUCCCUUAACCAGCCAAGAGGAGGAAGAUGAGCUAAAGAAUAGGCACCAGAGUUCAGCAGAAGAGAAGCAGGACAGGGAGGCUGCGUUGAGGUACCUAACAAAGAAGAAGAAUGAGUUAGAGGAACGUCUACUUAACAAAGGCGACGUCUAUGAGAAACGCUCCCCAUGGAUUUACAGAGGAUACUACCAUCCAGCCUGGUACAAAAGAAGCAACAAGGUGGGUGAAAGUACUGAUCAGCACCCCUACCGCAACCUAGAGGACCUUGCCGAGACCCUUCGGUACAAAAGGGGACUGCGUUCUCAGGAGGAGUCAACUGAGAAGGACAAGGGUGUCCCCCAACAGAAGCUUAUCACACCAGAGGAGUUAAAAGAACUUGAGAAACUGGCCUCUGUGGAUCAGCAGAUGAAAGAAACUUAACCAUUCCUAGAAUGAGCUGAGACAUCAUCUUCGUGCACUGCCUGAUUUGAUUUUCCAUCAGCUUUAUGUGUGCUUACUUGGGCUGCUUUAGAUGAAUGCAUUAUAUGUCGUACCUGAUUACAACUGCAUUAGACUUUUGUUAUUAGUGUAAGUCAGUGUUUAACGUGAGAGUCUGAGAAACAAGAGAGUCUAUAAAAGGCAAAACAUGCUUGAUAAUGUCAUGUGAAUUAUUUCUCUUUAUUACAUUCUAAAAUAACAUAAAAAAACCAAAAUGCCCAUGUACUAUUGACUGCAAAUUUGACUGCAUUUAAGAGCAUGCUACUUAAAAAUUGCUGUUGUUCUUUAUGGCCUUCAACAGAACCUCUCCAUUCUGGUUUGCAUUUAAUAAAAUGUGUAAUUAUGGGACCAAAGCCGAUGAAUGUGGUUAUCAUUUAUGUUUUGAUGGUGGAAGUUGUUUGAAAAUGAUUAAAACAGAUAAACAUA